AUGGCGACCUGGCCACAAAUAUUUUGCAGGUUGGUGAAGAAGCAAUUAUCAUGCUGGGCACCAGCAGGAGCACCGGGUGCACGCAGAGGACUGGCAUCAUCAGAUGUACAUAGGUCACCCAGCUUUGGUCUUCUCUUCGAUAUCGAUGGCGUGUUGGUGAGGGGCCGGAAUCCCAUCCCGGGGGCGGCCGAGGCUUUCAAGAGGUUGCUGGGCAGAGACGGGCGGCUGGCCGUGCCCGUUGUCUUCGUAACCAACGCUGGGAAUUGCCUGCGUCAGGAGAGAGCGACCGAGCUGAGCCGAGUCCUGGGGAUCGAGGUGUCUCGGGAUCAAGUGAUUCUUUCCCAUAGUCCUUUGCGGAUGUUCCGUCAGUUCCAUGACAAGAGGGUUUUGGUGUCCGGUCAGGGUCCGGUGGAAGAAGUUGCCAAGGACCUGGGCUUCCAGAACACGGUCACAAUAGAAGAUAUAAGGAGGGCUUUUCCUCUACUGGACAUGGUGGAUGAAAGUCGCAGGCCUAAAAACCUGGGUCCUUCUUCCAGCUUGGCUUUCCCUACUAUAGAAGCCAUCGUCCUGCUGGGGGAGCCGGUGCGGUGGGAGACCAGCCUGCAGCUCAUCCUGGAUAUUUUGCUGAGCUCCGGCAAGCCGACCGAAUGGCAGGCGCAGCCCCCAUACCCGCACAUUCCUGUUUUGGCAUGCAACAUGGAUCUUCUUUGGAUGGCGGAAGCAAAGAUGCCCAGGUUCGGCCACGGGACGUUUCUGGUGUGCCUGGAGACUUUGUACCGGAAAAUCACCGGGAAGAAGCUGUGUUAUGAAGCCCUGAUUGGCAAACCCAGCAUGGUGACAUACGGCUUCGCCGAGCAGCUGGUUAUAAGGCAGACGAGAGAGCGGGGCUGGGAUGCCCCAAUACGGACCUUGUAUGCUGUCGGUGAUAAUCCCAUGGCAGACAUAUACGGCGCCAACCUCUACAAUCGUCAUCUGCAGACUCGGCAAGGAGACACUUCAUCCGGCCAUCCACAGAGCUGCGAGUCCAUCCUGGUGUGCACCGGUGUUUACGGAAAUCAGAAGGAGGUGCCAGCAGACCUGCAAGAGAGCAUCACUGAGACCGUUUUCCAUGGGCACCGCGAUUUCCAGCUGGAGCCCAGCCUGGUGGAGGCGCGUUAUGUGGUGCAGGAUGUGGGGCAGGCCGUGGAGCUAGUGCUGAAGAAGGAAGGCUGGAACCCCGAAUCUGAGAGGGGUGAUGACACCAGCCCUCGCGUCACAAACUGAUGUCAGCUAUAUGUAAUCUCCGCAU